CUUUCCUGAUUUAACAGAAACUGCUAUUUAAUUUAUUACUGUCACUGUGUGUGUGAAAGAGAGCGUGUGUAAAGAGAGAAGGAAGUAGAUUUUUCUGCAGAAAGGGUGGCAGGAGCGUGGACGGUACAUAGCCUUCCUUAUUUAUGUGUCUGUCAGCAUUCUCCUUCAUCCAAAGAAUCAAGGGAAAGUAUCCAACCUGUGUUUCCCGUUGAGUGAAGCACAAGGAAGGACUGGAGAUAUCAAAGCAACAUGAUUAUUUAUUGAACUCCAAACUUAAAAAAAAAACCCAAAGAAUAUCCGAGAUUUCGCCCACUGUUCAAGAAAGAAGAGAGGCCCCUUUGCUCCUGAAAUGCAGCAAAAUCCUUAUUUAUAAACGGGCUAAAGACACUGAUAUGAAAAGGCCCCUCUACUCGAAUUUUCUAUCCUAUGGAUAUCAGUCUUGAGAUUUCGAAAUAGGAAGAUCUGUAUUGGAUCUAGCAGCAACUAUCAUUUCAAUGCCUAGUCUUCCCUGGGACUGUUGGCAUUUCCUAGAAAUUAAACUGGUACUGUAUGCCAUGGGCUGUAUUCAGAGCAUCAGCAGCAAAUCCAAAAUUUUCCGAGAAAGUAUUUCGGUGAUUGAUGUGAAAGCUUCUAUAGACCCCAUCCCCACCAGCAUCGAUGAGUCGUCUAGCGUGGUUCUCCGCUACAGGACACCACACUUCCGCGCCUCGGCCCAGGUGGUCGUUCCGCCCAUACCUAAGAAGGAGACCUGGAUCGUUGGCUGGAUUCAAGCGUGCAGCCACAUGGAGUUUUACAACCACUACGGGGAGCAGGGCAUGUCCAGCUGGGAGCUCCCAGACCUUCAAACAGGGAAGAUCCAGGCCAUCAGUGACUCAGAUGGGGUGAACUACCCUUGGUAUGGUAACACCACGGAGACUUGCACCAUUGUGGGUCCCACCAAAAGAGACUCCAAGUUUAUCAUCAGCAUGAACGACAAUUUCUACCCCAGUGUCACGUGGGCAGUGCCGGUCAGCGAGAGCAACGUGGCCAAACUGACCAGCAUCUACCGAGAUCAGAGCUUCACCACCUGGCUGGUGGCCACCAACACCGCCACCAACGACAUGGUAAUCCUUCAGACUCUCCAUUGGAGGAUGCAGCUGAACAUCGAGGUGAACCCCAACAGGCCCUUGGGACAACGUGCCAAGCUCCGGGAGCCAACUGCCCAAGAGCAGCCCCAGAUCCUGAGUAAGAAUGAGCCAAUACCACCUAGUGCCCUUGUCAAACCGAAUGCCAAUGAUGCUCAAGUCCUCAUGUGGAGGCCGAAGGAUGGGCAGCCCCUUGUGGUGAUUCCUCCCAAAUACCGGUAACAAGCAGGGGUCCUGGCACCGAAUGGGAGGAGAACACGCUCUGAUCUGCUAGUUUAAGACAAACAGAUAAUAAUAAUAAUGAUCAAAACAAAGUCAAAAUGCACUUUUUAGUCAUUCAACAAAAAUGCAACCAUUCUACCUUCUCCAGUGGGACGGAUUACACUGUGCUAAAGUUCCAGGGAAGACCUCACCUGGGGUUUCCUCAUCACCUGCUUUUUAAGGAGCAGGAGAAAGGGCGGUGGGGAGAGGAGGAACAAAGCAAAAACACACAAUCCCUUUUCAUUUCCACUUUCAGCCUUUGGUUUUUCCCCUCUCUCUUUUUCCCUUCUCUGGUUAUGAUCUGAGUUUCAGUUACU